GCUCUGUGCUAAGUGACUGGUGAAAAACAAAGAGGCAGCGAGCAGCGGCUGGGAAAUCUCAUCAGUCAUCCUUAAUGGAGGAAAUAGACUUCAAACAAUCAAUGGCGUUAUUUCUUUGAGGGGUGAAAUACGAGAGAACUGUCAUCAGUGCUUUUGCUGUUUGUGUGAACAAGACUCUCUGCAGCAGUAAGUGACUAAAUCGGCUUUUGGGGAAUCCACAGGUUCCUCCUCUUCUUCUUCUUUCUUCUGUGUUUUCUGGAUGGAUCUGGACUGAAUGACAGCAGGAGGAGGAUGACCGAGUAUCCAUCACAGUUCAUGCACCGAGUGGAGGGAAUAAUGAAGUUCUAGAUAGAUGGCAAGUCAGGGGCUUUCACAGUCUCGUUUCUGCAUCUCUUUUCUACCUUGUAAUCCUGCCUUUACGCACACAGUUUGAUUGGGAUUUUCCAGUCGUGAGGAGGAGAGAAGGAAGUUUACCUGCGCGCUCGUCUGCCGAGGAGAGGCGCUGUCCGUGGUGCUGAAGUCAUCUUCAACAACUCCUGGCUUCGUGUGAAGACAACUUGACUUGGUUUUUCUCCAAACAAGCAACAGUCAAGAGAGGGGGACACUGUUCCACCAGCAGCUCCACCACCAAAGAGCUUAAUAUGGUAACUCAAACCAGAGUUCACCUGCAAACUUUGGUACUUUUGUUUUCUGUUGUCCACCUGAGCCGGCCAGUAUGUGUCGAUGUCCCGUCGGAGACUGACGCCGUCCAGGGGUACCCCAUGAAGUUGACCUGCAUUUCCUGUCUGAAGAGGGAUGAGCUCAAAGCAAAGACACGCGUGGAUUGGUACUUCAUGCCAAACACAGAAAAAGACGUCCCACCUGACAAAACUCAUAUAUACAAGUAUGAUGUUGACCGCACAGUUGAAUUGGACGGACCGUUUAAGGGUCGUCUGACCUGGAAUGGGAGCCAGGAUUUGCAGGACCUCUCCAUUCAAAUCAUCAACGUCACCUUUAACGACAGCGGCGUCUUUGAGUGCCACGUAGUUCGCACGUUUGAGUUUGACUACUUCACUCCCUCGUUCUCCGUCAUCAGGGACAUCAAGUUGAAGGUGAAAGAGAAAGCCACCAAGGACCCCGCAGCGCUCUACUCUGAGAUCAUGAUGUAUGUGCUGCUGGUGUGCUUGACCCUCUGGCUGCUGAUAGAGAUGGUCUACUGCUACAGGAAGAUCUCCAAGUCUGAUGAGCAGACACAGGACACGGCGACAAACUACCUAGCCAUUCCCUCUGAGCAGAAAGACAACCCAGCCGCUCCUGUUACCGAAUAAAAGUGCUUGUCAGUGACACGGUAUUAACCGAUCACGAUGGGACUUCAGUGACAGACACUAUGAAGGUAUCAUUACUCCCAGACAGCCAUGGGAAUCCUGCCAACCGACCUCCCCUGUGUAUCGACCGUGUUAUGUGAGGAGCCAGUCAAAAAAAUGCUCAAUUUUUCCCCUUCUUUUUCCUCACUUUAUUUUUGUUUUACCUUCGUGCCGGGCAUUGGAAAUAAACUGUUUUCAGCAGGUUAAAGGACAAAAACGUCAGUGUCCUACACUUAUUAUCAGAUAAAUAUCAGCCAUGCUUCUUUUAUUGAAUAUUUUCUUAGUAGUUAGUGGUGCCUCUGUGAUUUAUAACCAAUGAAAGAAACUGACCUCCUGCUGUCAAGGCUGUUAUAUACAACUUAUAAAUGACUCUGUAGUACUCGUUUACUUCAUUUUAUUACACUUUUAUAGACCACGCUUAGAUUUUGGGUCACAUUUUUAUUUGUAUUGGCCAAUAUCUUUUUGAUGUCUUUGUAAGGAAAAUGGAUUGCAUAGCUUUUAUACUGUAUGGAUGUGCUUUUCUCCCUGUUUCAGUGAAACCAAAAGGUAAUGGAAAUAUAAAAAAACAGAUGAAACAGUCACUUUAUUUGAGUUGAUCUGAGUUCAUCUAGAGGUCUUUCCUAUAGUCUCCUCCGUUUAAACCUUUAAUCCAUUUUCAGUUACUCUAAAAUGUAUUCUUAAACUGUUGCUGGUGUUCUACAAUAGCGUUGCUAUUGAGUCUAAAUGUGUGCCUAUUUCUAUAGUACAACACUGUAGAAACUUUGUCCAUUACAGAUGUGUGUGAGUGUGCUGCUUUUGAACUAUUAAAUUCAAUGCUUUCCACA